CAAACGAUACUCAACACCUUGUAUUCGAUACCCGAUACUUAAUAACACGUACGUGCGAAGUACAAUCGGCCUCUCCCUUGACUACCAUCGUGAUCUAUUUACGCGCCAAAUAUCAAAUUCCCGGUUCAAGAAUUUGAUCUGGAACGUUUAAUCUAGGAAUCGAUCCUCACGAUAUAGAAUUCCCUACCAAUCUCCUACCCAACAUCCAACAACCAACCGAUUUAUAUGACAAUUGCCUGAAUCUCGCCAUGGGAUGUGCCUAACCAAUAACCCGUGAAUAUCCUCGCGAUACUAACAUAUCGCCCCCGACUGCCAAAUAUAUUGCAUAUUUCGCCAAUUGGCCUGAUAUGAUGUUAGCGGUACAACCUCGUCGAUUACUGUCGCGGCCUAGAAGUCUGCUGGUCUUUGCCAUCUUUGUCGCUGCCGCCUACUGGGUUUUGUUGCAUAAUCCUGCCCUUCCUCCAACGCCGCGCGUGUUCGACGGAAGCUCUGAUGUAUUACCACAACCCCCUUUGAAAGCUGGCACCGACACCAAGGAAGACCAAGCUCCUUUAGAGCCAGCCCCUUUACCACCGAGCGAGCCCACUUACGAGGAUCAGAAUCAACAGACUCAGCCUGAAGCACAAGAACAAGCACAGCCAAAAGAACCAGAAAAGACAGACGAAGAGAAAAAGAAAGAGGAAGAAGAUAGGAGGGAGGAAAAUCUACGGUCUCAAUUUGAUAGAGAAUAUGAUGCGCUUGCGAAAGAGCCGGGCGCCGAUGCAAUCUAUGGACAGACACUCAAUACUCUUGACCCUGCCAAGAAACGAUCUCUAACCAUCGAAGAACACUUAACACCCGCCACGGAAAAGGCAUAUUUCAGUGACCAUCAACCUUACAUUUAUAAGCCAUAUCCCAAGUACAAUGAAAAGACUUGGCUUGCUGAAAGAGCCCAAUAUGUGCAAUGCGAAGGUCCAGAUGGCAAGCCAGUGGGGGACGUAUUGGUUUUCAAGGGUCAGCCAAAAGAAUUCCCCGAACCUGGAUUCGGAAGCUACAACGCUCUUGGCAUGGAUGGGAACUUGUGUUAUGAGCGUGAGACACGACUAGGCAUAUACGGUUUCCAGGCGGAUAAUGACACCUCAGCUGCACGGGUUAAUUGGGAUGAGGUUCAUUGGGGUCAACUGCAAGAAAAAUGCUCCAAGCAGAACAUGGCUCGGUUUGACUUGCAAGGACAUUCUAACCCUUAUAUCACUUCCGUCUACUCACGCGACAAUUCGAGUUCGCCAGUCAUUGACAGCGAUGAAAAGGAUCGUGCUUCAUCAGGAUCUCCCCUCUACGAUAGCGCCCCCAAAGUGGCAACACCAUCAUUGCGGCGAAGAAACGGCCCUAUCGAGCGUGCUACGUCUGGGAAAUCUAAGCCUAUCACUGGAACUGAAUCCAGAACCGCGCUAUUGCUGCGAACCUAUACUGGCAAGGAAUACAGCGAGAAUGAUAGGCAGGUUAUUCGGUCUUUGAUCACUGAGCUUUCCUUACAUACUGGUGGCCAAUAUCACGUUUAUCUUUUUGUGCACGUCAAAGACACCGCAUAUGCCAUCUGGGAUGAUGAGGCAACUUACCAAUACGUGCUAGAGAAGAACGUACCUCCUGAGUUUAGAGACAUUGCAAUUCUCUGGAAUGACGAAGCCACACAGACCAUGUACCCCAAGAUUGACCCUAAAAAGGCAACUGUACAUGUCUCGCAGUGGCUUUCAGUCCAGAAAUUUGCGCAGGAGUUUCCCGAAUACGACUUUGUUUGGAACUGGGAGAUCGAUGCAAGAGUCACUGGCCAUAAUUAUGAUUUUGUGGAGAAGUUGGUUGCCUUUGCCAAGCGUCAACCUCGGCGAGGGCUUUGGGAGCGAAACGAACGCUAUUAUAUCCCUUCCAUCCAUGGAGACUACAACACGGACUUCCGAAAGGAGGUUGAGCGCGUAUCAGGGGACGACACAGUUUGGGGUGCUCCAAAGUUACCCUUCGUCAAUCCUGUCGGGCCCAAACCUCCGGUUACAAAACCUGAGGAUGAUAACUACAAGUGGGGUGUUGGUGAAGAGGCAGAUCUCAUUACUGUCGCUCCCAUCUUCAACCCGCUCAAUAGCUCUUGGAUCAGUGGAAAUGAGCUUUGGGGAUUUAAUGAUUCUACACAUGAAACCACAGAUCUACCGAGAAGAGCCACGAUUGUGACGCAUUCAAGAGUUUCCAAGAGGUUGCUCGAUAUCAUGCACGUGGAGAACGUUCGAGGCAAUCAUAUCUCGUCAGAAAUGGUCACCCAGACCGUCGCACUUCUCCACGGCCUCAAAGCAGUUUACGCCCCGAUGCCUGUCUACUUCGAUAGACCAUGGCAAGGCAAGGACCUCGCCAAGUGGUUUAAUGGCGGUCAAAAAGGCGAAAGCGGGGGCAUUGGUUGCGCCAUGGGCUGGGGACGCGAAGCAAGAUACCGGGGGACAACCUGGUAUUAUCGCGCAAACCCCCCACAGAGACUUUAUCUCAACCUCAUGGGUUGGGAGGACACCGGCAUAGGUGGCAAAGACUGGGAAGAACUUUACGGGCGACCCUGCUUACCACCGAUGUUAUUGCACCCCGUGAAAGAUAUCGAGCCUACAGAGCCCGGAUAUAAAAGCGAGUCGAAUCUUCCCUACUCUUGAGCGGGCGGGACUUCAGCAUAACAAGAUCAAACCGGGCCGCUACGAAUUAUCAAAGGCGCGAGUAUUUAGAUAUUCCGCUUACCAGCUAGGGCAAAGCGUGCGAGCCCCAAAUAAGGCAACUUGAAACUCGGAAAUUUCCCAUGCAAGCGACGAACUACCUACCUACACUAUAUUCGACACCCUCUGACGACUACAUUACAUGGACGUAUGAGGCCGCAACCGUCGAAAACAGGUCAUGGUGGCGGCCAAGGCGCUGUAUAUUACUCUAAGCCAGGCCACCACGUACCUAAUCUUGAAACAAGGCUUUCUGGAGCUAGACGAGAGAUGUCAUGAUUGAUCAAAUUUUAGGAACUCAUCUUAAAAGUGGCGACUAUGAUGAACGCUAUUCGAAUUAGAUGAAAAGAACA